CCUGGCAAAAAGUUCAGCCUCUUGUAUUUUUCUUUUACAUGCAGCACAAGUGGAGGUGUUGUCUGCUGCACUCAGAGCAUCCAAUUUGGAUCCUCAAGAAGAGACAACAGUUGGCACUGGCAAGGGAACAGACUCACAGAGUGACCUAAGUAUCAAAGACCAACAGAAUUUUAAGCCUAUCCUGGGUGAUAUUGUGCCUUUAAUUGGUGACACAGUUGAGAAUAUGGAUUCUGCUCUUCACUAUAUUCAUAAUGAUUCGGAUUUGAGCACCAAUAGUAGUUUCAGCCCUGAAGAAGAAAGAAAAUCCAAAGUACAGGAUGUUGUACCUCAAGCCUUGUUGGAUCAGUAUUUGUCAAUGACGGAUCCAUCUCGCGCACAAACAGUCGAUACCGAGAUUGCCAAGCACUGUGCCUACAGCCUGCCAGGGGUGGCACUCACAUUAGGCAGGCAGAAUUGGCACUGUCUGAAAGACACCUACGAGACGCUGGCAUCUGACAUGCAGUGGAAAGUUCGACGGACGCUAGCAUUUUCUAUACAUGAACUUGCUGUGAUCCUUGGAGACCAGCUCACAGCUGGAGAUUUGGUUCCUGUCUUCAAUGGCUUUCUAAAAGACCUAGAUGAAGUCAGGAUAGGUGUGCUUAAACACUUGCAUGACUUCCUGAAGCUUCUCCAUCUUGACAAAAGGCGAGAGUAUCUCUAUCAGCUCCAGGAAUUCCUAGUGACGGAUAACAGCAGGAACUGGCGUUUUCGUGCGGAGCUGGCCGAACAGCUGAUCUUGCUUUUAGAUCUGUACAGUGCCAGAGACAUCUAUGACUACUUGCGGCCUAUUGCUUUCAGCCUGUGUGCAGACAAAGUGUCUUCUGUCCGCUGGAUUUCUUACAAACUGGUGAGCGAAAUGGUAAAAAAGUUGUAUGUGGCUUCAACGUCAACUUUUGUGGUAGACCUGAUGGACGAACUUGUUGAAAAGUUUUGCAGAUGCCACAAGUGGUCUGGUCGGCAAACUUUUGUUUUUAUCUGCCAGACUAUCAGUGAAGAUGACUGCCUGCCCAUGGACCAGUUUGCAGUGCAUCUGUUGCCACACUUACUGCACCUGGCAUCUGAUAGGGUUCCAAACGUUCGAGUCCUGCUUGCAAAGACGCUGAAGCAAACUCUGUUAGAGAAAGAGUAUUUUCUAAAUUCUGCCAACUCUCAUCAAGAAGCUGUGGAGCAAACAAUUAUGGCGCUUCAAAUGGAUGACGACAGUGAUGUCAAGUACUUUGCAAGUAUCCACCCUGCCAGCACCAAAAUUGCAGAUGAUGCUAUGAGCACAGCUUCAUCAACUUACUGAAAAAGUUCCUGAAUGUUGCUAUAAUUAAAAAAAAAAAUCGAAACAAACUAUCCUCAAAUGCUCCUAAAAUGGAUGAUCUAGGACAGCCUCUUCGGAAGGAGAGAUUUCUUGCCAGACUUAACAGGUGGAUGUUAUCUAAACCUGACACCAGGGAUUUUAAGUCAAGAAAAAGUAAACGUUAGCUCUGUCAUCUUGACUUUAGAAAACAUUGCUCAGAGGAUUGUUUUUGCCACCGACGCCUUAAAUCUUCUGUCUUCCUGAACAACCGAAACUUGAAUUGGCAGAUCAUUUUCAUUGUAGAAAGGAUGGGAAUUCCAGAGACCUGCGUUGUUUCUCCUGAGGAGUUAACUUAGCAAGUAUUUUCUGUAGCAACUGAUAGGUGAGAUAGCAGAAAGGCAAAUCGAUACCAGGAUGUGAGACCACCAGUAUUAGUGCUCAACGUUUUUAUCAUUCAAGGACUUGAUUUGUGUGCAGCUGGGCACACCCUUAAGUGGGAAUAGCUUCGGUGUGUGUAAAUGGGGAGAAGUAGAAAUUUGGAUUUCUCUUAAGGGCUCAGUGCUAACACUAAACUAGAAUUUGAUUUUAAUCCUUAAAUGCAGCAUAUUGCUGUAUCCAUUAGCAGAAAACUUUGCUGAGUACCUGUGUCCUAAUUAUUUUCAUGCUGGUCAUGACCUAAAGGAAAUUUAUUAGCACAUGUACUUUAAGUCAGGUAUUUUUAACUUGAUCAUGAUCGGCUCUGAGGUGCAACUUUUUUCUUCAUAUACUGUACAUAUCUGUGAGCCUCUUUGGAGUGCUGCAGUCUUUAAUCAUGUUGUUUAAAGCUGUUGUGAUACAAGUUGUUCUUUACUUGUCCAAAUAAAAUUUAUUAA